AUGACAAGCGGAAAGAAACGCUUUGAACGAAGUGAUGACAACUGGCUGGAGGACGAAGGCUCGGGAAAUAAGUAUGGUUGUCGCAAAAUUAAUACCAGGAGGAGGUUCAAAGAUCGUCCUGUGGACUUCAUAAAACAGUGGAGAGCUCCUCCUCAAGAAGGGGCACAGUUGUUACAGACCCAGACGCACUGGAGAGAGGAAACGCAAGUCAGUGAGAGGCUGCAUAGUGGACAGCAACCUGAGUGUGCUAGUCAUCAUCAAGAAAGGCUGGGUUCAGUUUGGUGGGUGGGCGUGAUGAACCUCAGCUGCCCAAUCCUGGAACCUUCAUCGGUGAAUCAGGGCGGACCUGCCGAAGAUAAAACAAAGGUUGGAGACAUCCUAGAGUCAGUGAACGGCAUCAAUCUGGACAAUGCCGACCACAGAGAGGCAGUGAGGGCAGUCAAAGAGACGAAGAGGACCCUCAGCAUUAUCUUCCGUCAGCGUAAGAGUGCGUAUCCCAUCGUCAUGGGUAUCGUACAAUCAGUGAACUCUGUACCCCACCCACCCCCUCCUCAAGUGACAGUGGCCAACACUGAGACACUCGAGUAUUCUCUCUCUACGUCACGAGCAAAGAGAUCUGAUCUGGAUUCAAAUUUGAUUGGUCGACAGUAUGCACAGUCACUGACGUGGCUGCUAAUACUGAAACUCGGAGAUUGUAUCAUUAAGGUCAACAGCCAAGCCAUACAACGUAAGGCUAUACAACAUGAGAAGCCCUCUAACAUGAUGAAGCCACACAAAAACAUCCUGAGGCUUGAGAUUGAGCGACCUUACAAGAACGACCGGUCAUAUACCUCGGUCAAGCUCUCCCGGCAAAGAACAUUGCUGAAAGUUAGACGGACAGUAAGAGGUUGUCGUGGGCCAGUACUAGCAUCAUUCCGGUCCUCAAACCAAAGAGGGCAAUCAGCUGCGAGGAUAACACACAGCAAUCCUCUGUGUCACAUGACUCAGAGCCGCUGAGUGAAGCCAUGGCCCAGUGGAAGACCUCAUUGACCAACUAUAAGCCUCAGAGCAGAGAGAGCUACAGCUCACCAGACUCAAUUAAAGGACUAUUCCUGUGAAACAGAGUCUCAGGAUAGCAGUGGCAACAAGCCCACAAAGCUGGUCUCUAUGGUAACUGCCGUCAAGUGUAACCAUGACAGCGGUGCGGAGGCGUAUCGUCCACAACCCCCCCCCCCAGUAACAACCACCGAGGCCUACAUCUGACGGUGUUAUAUAUGGCAACUUCAAUGAGAGGAGGAUUGAAUACGAGGAAGUGCUCUUGUCUGAGCGUACUGAUAGCCAGUACUCACAGUCUGAGAGUUAUCUCUCUGAGAGUAGCUACUAUGGUGGACUGAGCAGCACUCAGAGUAUCGACCUGACCUUCCACUCCUUCCAGACCACCCCCUCACAUAACAGAUUGACUGUGGACACAAUGAUGACGACGCAGGCUCCCACACAGCAUCACAGUGACGAGGAGGAGGGCACAGGUGUCGGCUUUAUGGCACGUGACGAUGCCUCAAGUUUACAUUGUACAGGGUUCAGUUGAGAACAGUCACUGCUCCCCCCUCCUGCAGUGAUGGACAGUCCUAGGGCCCAGAGAGCUACCCACAUGCACCAGUCAAGACUGCUAAGCCAGAGAGGGAACAGAUACACAAAGGAAGGCUGUUAGGUUUAUUUGGGAGGUACUGUUUCAGUGGAGAUCUACCCUGAAACUUUAUCAUUGCCUCGUCUACUGCAACUUCACGGCCUAAGUUGUAUGCAGCAGAACAGCGCUCGUUGAUCUUAUUGAAGAGGGGGCGUACUUUGGCCAAACGAUCGCUACCUGGGGUGCCUGGAGUCGGGAGAGUGGUGUUGUCCGUGAAAUGGAGGUAUCGUCGGAUGUCCCUAAAGCAAUCGCGUGAGAUCUUCGAUGCAAUUGUGGUAAAGAAAUGCUGGAAUAUGUCUAAGGGAGAACUUGAGAUGGAUACAGCUGAGCCUACAGAUUGGAUGAAGGCCUCUCGAGAAUGGUCUUGAAGGGUGGGAGUCCAAGGGCAGGGGGAACUGUUUCAGGUGUGUGUGUGUGUGUGUGUGUGUGUGUGUGUGUGUGUGUGUGUGUGUGUGUGUGUGUGUGUGUGUGUGUGUGUGUGUGUGUGUGUGUGUGUGUGUGUGUGUGUGUGUGUGUGUGUGUGUGGCUUAGGCAAAUUUACAAUUGUUGUGUAGUAACCAAUAAUUAUAACUUGUCUGUACUGUGUUGUGCCACUGGCCUAUAGGACAUUGUGUUAUUAUAAUGGUGUGCAACUCAUUAUUACCUCUUACUUGUGUAAAGUUAUAAUUGUCAUGUUUUAGGCAUUCCAAAGGUCACUUCAAUUGUGGAAGUC